GUUUAAAACUGGAUUAGCUCCACUUACGGGCAGUGCUAAACUUACUGGAAAAUGUAGCGAGAAAAUGGAAGCUAAUUGAUGACUAGAUUGACUAAAACGACUCUUAAAAGUAACGUACAGUUUACAUUAUAGUCUUAAAUCAUCCUUCAAUGAUGAAAAUUAGAAACAUGCCAUGUAUUCUGUCACCAAGGAGCCACAAACACUUAGUUUUCAUCAUGAACUAGACCUACAAUGAACUCGACUAGCCUAUGUGACAUUGUUGGCAGUUGGCUGUUACAUCUAAAACCUCAAGGAUUCCCUUGUGAUGGAUAAAGAGGAGGAUUCGCCGGAGAAGAAGAACCAAAAUGGUUCAUCCACUAAAACAACUGGGGAAGUAGCGAUUCCCCUUAAAGAAUUUCACCUCACUGAAACAGGAGCAGUUGCCGGUGUGAACACCUUCGAAGACGUCUUGGAGAUAAUCGGAACUUCUGGUGCAUGGAACAUCCUGGUGUUCAUUCUCUGUUGUUAUUCUGCUUUUACGAUGCCAAUGAACGUCGUCAGUUAUCAGCUCAUCGGGGCAACCCCAGAUCACUGGUGUCGAGUGGAAACCCUCAUGCACGCCAAUUGGACUCAACAGCAAGUUAUAGCUCUGGCAAUACCUAAAAAACCAAAUUCCGACGACCACGAGAACUGUUUGAUGUACGACUAUGACUACGCCAUGGCUGUGAAUCUAGGCUACGAAGCCUCUUUGGCCAACAGACACCUCUUGUCUCGGGGCGGGGGAGAACCUUAUCACUGCUUCAUCAGAGAUUUUAAUUUCACACAAUACGUCUCUACGCUUGUUACAGAGUGGGAUCUCGUUUGCGAGCGCCUGCCCCUCUAUGCGACGACCCAGUCCGUCAGCCAUAUUGGAUUACUCAUCGGGUCUGGAAUCUCCGGCUACUUGCUUGAUCUGUUUGGCCGCCGGAGAGUAGUCCUGAUCUGCUCCGUCUUCUUCAUCGUUUGCAGCUGGGGUCUGGUUCUUGCGCCUGAUUUCCAGCUGUACGUUCUUCUGAAAACUUUGUUGAGUAUCUUCAGCAUGAGCUUGUACGUCGGGAACUUCGUUAAUGUGAUGGAAUUGUGUUCCCCGCGCCAGCGUUGCUCUGUAGGGAGUUUGUUCGUCGUUCCCUUCGCCAUCGGGUUCAUGGUGGUGCCGGGAAUCGCCUAUUUUGUCAGACCUUGGAGGUGGUUGCAGGCUGCCUAUGCCCUCCCGCUCCUCCCGCUCGUCUUGUACUUCUGGUUCCUUCCGGAGUCUCCCCGGUGGCUGUUAUCGCAGGGGCGUUACGAAGAAGCCCUGAAGGUGCUCUCUUGGGCUGCCAAAGUCAAUCGUCGUCCUCUGCCUCCGUCGGACGCUCUCUUGGUGUCUUUGAAAGCUAUAGCGAAGGAUUCUGGCUUGGCGCCAAGGGCAAAGGCGCAGAGAGGCGGAAAACCCCCCCAGAGUUUCGGACGUCAACUAUGGGGUAAAGUCCGACACAUCUUCGUACUGGUGCUCACGCCUACCCUGAGGAACAGGAUUCUGCUCUGUUUCUUCUGUUGGUUCGCUGUGUCUAUGGUUUACUACGGUGUGUCUCUCAACUCUACAAACCUCAGCACUGAUCCUUACCUCUACAUAUUCCUGGGAGGAUUGGUUGAAGUUCCGUCUUAUCUGCUCUUGUGGCCAGCGAUCGUCUACCUGGGGAGGAGGGUCUCCUUGAUUGCUCUGUACAUUGUAUGUGCCACUACUGUCUCCAUUAUUGCUAUCCUCCUCGUUGCUAUGGAAACCGUUCCAGUCGGAGUGUUGAUGUUUCUGUCGCUGACUGGAAAGUCUGCCAUCACGGCUGCGUUUCAUCUGAGCUACGUGUUCACAGCCGAACUCUUCCCCAUUAAAUAUAGAUCGCUGGCAGUUGGGGAAUCCAGUAUGAUUGCUCGAGUGGGCAGCAUGAUCUCGCCGUAUAUCAACGACAUCCUGGGCAACGUCUUGAACUGGGCCCCAUCCGCCGUGUUCGCUCUGAUGUCACUCUCGGCUGCGGGUCUCGCUUUUCUCCUGCCGGAGACAGGAGGGACGAUGCUGACGGAGGAGGAGCAACUUCCUGUCGAAAACAGCGACAGCAAUCUGAAGGAGACGGGAAAUUACUUCGAGCCAGACAAGGAGCAGAAAGACAACAACCCGAGGGAGAACGGAAGUGUAUUGGAAGAAGACGCCGAGGCAAAUUGCAAAUGAUUGAUCGGAGUAUUGUUUGUCAAUAAUCGUUUUGCCCUUCAGAAUUUCCUCUUCUGUUCUAUACUUCGACAAAUAAAUGCUUGA